CACGGAGUCAAUUUACUCGACAAUUUUAAAGGCAAUGGAAAAGUAUUUUGGACAGGUUUAGGGAGUUUCUCAUUCUGUCCAACGACCGCAAGGUGGAGUAAUACCACAAGAGUGGGUUUUGCUUAACAGCUCACACUUCCCGUAAUUUUCUUAAAUUAACCAUUUUAGCUUUGAUCCUGACCUGCACCCGGCAUUUACUCUUGAUUGAUCCUCCUGGAUCUGCCACAGUCCGUUUUCCUUUUUAAUUGGAACACGUAGACUAAUUCGUUUUAACUGGUGCGCCCUUUAGUGAUUUUCAAGUUAAAAAUCCGCGUUUAAAACCGAUGGGUAUUUAACCUUCAACAGGUUACUCUGAUAACCUUGAAACAUUAAAUGCACUAUAUGCUUAACAUUGUUGGUUCAAUUGCAUUCAUUUGGAUAAUUAAAACUUAAAAUGUAUUUAUAUUAUUACUAUGCAUAGGCCUGCAUUUAAAGCCUUCUAUGGUUUUUUAUUUUGCUUUUAUCCAUGUAAUUGUCUGAACGUAGCAUACAAGCUACUUUUCAAGUUAAAAUUAAAAACGAAUUAGAAGCGCCAACCCAUCAAUUUAUUCGAAAAAUCUUGAGCUGAAGCUAAACGCAGUCCAGAUCCUAACUGAAAGGUCUUGAACAUUGCUGAGGGGCGCAAGUCAACAUUGUCAACAUGCAAACCCAGAAAGCGGAGCGACGAGAGGGGGGAAGCAUCAUAGGCUAUUUAGGAGAGGGAGGUGCCACCGACGAAGAAUGCGAAAGAUGGACUGCCCCGUCGACUUCAGUAUAGGAUGUGUUUCACGUACAAAAUACGUUUCUUAGCUGUUAAAGACGACUGCGUCCCGCCUCGUCGUUUGCCUCAAGCGCAGUGUUUUUUUAUUUUAAAAGGUAAGGGUACAUUUCUGACCCCUUCAUUCGGAAGAAAUUUAAGAGGGGGAGUCUACUAAAACAGACAGUGAGACUGGGUGCUCCGAAAUCCGAGACAGCCACCACCACCCAGCUCAUGGUGCCCUGGUCGUUUUGGCAUUAACAGUAAAGCAAAAACGCGCAUAAGUAAUAAUUGGUCAGCGGACGGAAUAAGCGCUUAACAUGUAUGUAGUACGCCGCGUAAGGAGAGUUCCAGCUGGUUGCAAGGAGGGACGGUGCGCACCCAAGAACGAACACAACAAAGCGUCCUGUUAGAGGCAUGACCGCCGCUGGAGCCGCUCGUGCCGCGGAGACCCCGGGGCCCCCUGGCUCCCGCCGGCGGCUGGGGCGGUUCCGCCUGCACCCCAGGAAGCGGGCGGAGGGGCCGGUUCGGGCCCGGCUGCGCAUCCGGUCCCCCCCGGGGGCCUUCCUGCUGCUGGGCGCGGUCGUGGUGACGGCGGGCGUGGCGGCGGCGGCCGUGGGGUACUGGCCGUACCGGGCGGCGCCGUUCGGCCAGGCGGGCGCGGAGGCGGACCCGGGUCGCCCGCAGGUGGCCGGGUGGGGCCCCGGGGGGGCCAGGGGGGGCCCCUUCUCCAGCGAGCGGCUGAAGUUGCUGGGGCCCGUCCUCAUGGGCGUGGGGCUCUUCAUCCUGAUCUGCGCCAACAGCGUGCUGUACGAGAACCGCGACCGCGAGAACCGCGACCGCGAGACGCGCUGCCUGCUGGCCCUGGCGGAGGCCGACGCCCGCGCCGUCCGCGCCGUCUCCGCCGCGGUGCCCGUCGAGGCGCCCGCGCGCGCCGACGGAACGCUCGAGCUCUACCGCUGGGCCACCCCCUUGCCCGCCGGCAGUCUCGGCCUCCGCCACCUGGGGGCGCUGACGGGCUCCGAGCCCGCCCUGCUGCUGCAGCCGCAGGCCGGAGAGGGCAAGUGGGCCGACGCGAGCCGCCCGCUGGCCACCCUGCGGGCCGACACCUGCGGGCCCUUUAAAAAGUCCUCCUCGCCCCCUAUCUCCGUGCGCUCCGUGGGCUCGGACUCCUGCGGCUCCGGCGAGCUCAACCUGACCGCGCUGACCGCCGCGUCGCUGGCGAGCCCGCCCCCUGACGGAGACUGCCGUGAGGUCACUUCCCCUCCCCCCAGGCGCUGCUACAGCCUGGGCAGCAGGACGGAGCCCCGCCCGGGAAUGGGCGGAGUCCUCCAGCAGGCGUCCAGCCCCCAGGUGAGCCUGAACGUGCCGGACCUGCGCGCCUGGGCCACGGACGGGGGCGGGGCCUCCGGCACGCCCCGGGACCACCGCAGCUGGCCGCGGCUGGACCUCGGCGGCGCCCGGCGGUACCUGAAGCUGGAGAACAAGGAGGACUCGGUGGACAGGCUCCUGGACCAGCUGGAGCAGCAGCAUUCCCGUCAGGAGACGGGCUUCGGCUCGGGACCCUUCCAGUGAGGGACUCUCGAGACGGCCAUGUUGGCGAGGGGAGGGGGGGGUGAUACCGAGGAAGCCAUCUUGGUGAGGGCGAUGUGCGAGAGCCAUGUUGGCGAGGACCAUUUUUGGGGUUGCCAUUGAGCAGAUGGAGAUUUACUCCUGGUGGAUUUAUGCACAUGUCUCCGUAUAGUUAUGCAGCUCGGGGAACCGAUCGGGCUUCCUAACUGAGUUUGGAGGAACUGCCCACCACGUUCUCGCCACAUUAUUUCAGCUGGUCUGUCUUCUGGAACCUCCAAUCAGCAGGCUUUGCGCUUUGCGUGCUUCCCGGAGAGAACAGUCCUCACAGACGGCCGGAUGCACACAGUAGCGCUGGCGGGGAGGCGAAGCGGAAUUGAUUUUGCCGGUUUUUUUUUUUUUUUUUUUUUUGACAACCGGGGCUGGGGCGGAAACAAAGUGCAGGCCCCACGCUGUCACGGGACGAGGAAUUGAUUGGGGGCUUUUCCAGAAGGGCCGCUGCGUGGGGCUUUCCAUUAGGGAGAGGAACGAGCGUGGCCUCUGGUGCCAAAAAAAUGUCAGACGCUCCGUAGGCACAGAGCGAGCGAUCGGAGCGGCGGGGGGGUGGGGGGGAAGGGGGGGGAUAACCGUCGCUGCUCUGUAAAGCAAUCCAAACAGAACCUCCGGACCAGGCUGUCCUGGGCCACCCAGGGUGCAGCUGGGACUCCUGACGGGUGUCUGAGCUGGUGUUCCGUGCACCCGUGUGAAGAUCUAUGCAGAACGUUGGUCGUUUCCUCAGCCACAGUAAUAAAACACACUGUAUGCAUUUUGGUAUAAUUAUAUAUGAUAUGCAGUCCUUGGCAGACUAUCCGUUGAGUAUGCAAGAAGGCCAAGAGUCUCUCCCCCACCAGCAUGUCUUCCUUGUCCUCACCCUGCUCUAAAACCAGGCUAAAACCCUGGACCGGGUUUUUUUUUGGGAGAGACCGUUUGCGGUCCUAUUGCGGUGUUCACUGGUCACGAUGCUGUGCGUGACCGUCGUUUGUAUACUGAGCAGUGCCUGAUGGGAGACUUUUUAUGACGGCGCUAGGCUAAUGCUACGGCUGCUGAGUGGUCAGUUCGGUAGCGACGAUGUACAGAGAGCCAGCAAUAAAAAAUAAGAUUUGCUCCCGUG